ACUAGUUGGAUUUUAGGACCCAGGGGAAGCCGCAAAGCCGAAUGCCGGGGUGGGGAGUGCAGUGUCAGCAUUUCGGGACGCUGCGGCCCCAGCGGAUCAUUUGGGGCCAGAGCUGAGCCCGAUACGUGGUCGCCGGAGGUUACGCGGAGGCGCGGAACGUGGCUUUGGAUGGGCUUGUUUUCUUCGCCUUGAAAUGGGGCCACUUGGCCUGUCGCUUUACUCGGAUCUUCAGGAGGGUUUGUGGGGUGGCGGUGCUACAGACAGCUUCGUAGACUUCCCCCGUUUGACACCCGAGUGUGCACUAGUCUGAUAGGUUUCGAUCUAUAUUUUCCGUCGUUAUAAACAUGCCGGCGUUAAUCCGUACAGAUGGCGUGGUAGGUUAAGCAGUCAUCUUCCCGUGUUUGGCCUUGUGCUUUUGUGCCUCCAAGCAGAGCCUGAAUGUUUUCAUUUUUUUACACAGUUGUUGACAAAUAGACUAUGCGGGGUGUUAAUGACAGAGUAUGAUUUAGUUAUUUCUCGUUAUCAUCAGUAAUGUGAUGUUUCUUUAAGGCCACGCGCCGGGGUGCAACGAGGCGUUUAUUUGUAAUCGUCAGUAACGUUGUUACAGCAGAUUGAAGAAUUGAAGUUGCUCACUGUUUUUGCUUGACAUUUAUUGUAAUGAAGUCGAGCAGCAUGAGAUAUAGUAGAUACCAGUUGCUUUACAGACGACUCUCGAUUGACACAACGAUCGGUACAAAAAAGUGAGUUAGAGUGUAUAAAUUUUUAAAUGUAAUACUAGCAUGUCGCUGUACAUUUAAUUGCGAUAUAUAUAAUCCGAAUAAGUCUGGCGCAAAACUGACAACGCCCAUUGCUCACAACCGAAAACUGGCUGUUCCGCAGCAAAGAAAUCGCCACAUUUACGUUGCUGUAGUGACUUUGUCUCAAACAACUGUUAUACUUUUCUGUUACAAUGGAAGUUCCGGAAAACGAGAUCGUAGACUGCGGAGAGCAGGUACCGACCGCGCGCGCCCAGAACGGCUCGGUGUUGGUCGCGGACCGCAGUAAUAUCCAGCCCCCGUGGGGCGUUCUGAUCGCCGCGGCUCUAUACUGCGCCGAGUUCGUCAGCGCUGCCGUGCUUUGCAGCUACUACCAUGAAAGUCACGACGACAUCUGGAUGGGUCUGACCAUUACCUUCGUCCUGGUGCCGUCCGUCCUGACGCAGCUGGCGCUGACUUUCAUCCACCGGGACCUGGGGAGAGAUCGCCCCCUCGUUCUUUUCCUACAUCUUCUCCUGAUGGGUCCUCUUAUCAGGUGUGUUGAUGCCCUGGUGAUCUACUGCCAGGCAGGCAGGGAAGAGGAGCCCUACGUUACCAUCUCCAGGAAGAUCCUCUUGAAGAGCGGCCGGGGCACUCUCACAGAGUGGGAGACGGGUCAUUCGGAGCGCAAGCUGGCGGUCCACCGCAACGCCUUCAAGCGCACUGUGCUUAUCCAGGCAUUCCUGGGCUCCACUCCACAGCUGACGCUGCAGCUGUACGUCACCAUACAGGAGAAGGAGAUGCUCCCCUCUCGAGUUGUCCUGAUGGUCAUAACCCUCAUCUCCAUCACCUACGGUGCACUGGUCUGCAGUGUCCUGGCCAUCCAGAUCAAAUAUGACGAUUUCAAAGUGCGCGUGCGACCUGCAGCCUAUCUCUGCAUGAUCCUGUGGAGGGGGCUGGAGAUCACCGUCCGUGUGACAGCUCUCGUGCUCUUUAGCACGGCGCUCAUCCACUGGAUGGCACUCGUGGCACUGGGCAACCUGUUCUUCUUCCUCUUCCUGCCCUGGGUUGAUUUCUGGGUGAGGAGGGCCUCUCUGCCCGAGAACGUGGAAAAGAACUUCAGCAAGGUGGGCACCACAGUGGUGCUGUGCAUGGUGACCCUUCUCUACGCCUGCAUCAAUAUCUUCUGCUGGUCGGCCUUCCAGCUGGACCUGACCGACAGGGACCUGAUCGACAAGCGGCCGCGCUGGGGCUGCCUGGCCACGUACUACUGCGUGCGCUUAGCGGAGAACGUGAGCCUCAUCGUCCUGUGGUACUUCUUCAAGACGGACUUCUACGAGUAUGUGUGUGCGCCGCUGCUGGUGGCUCAGCUGCUGGUGUGCUACGGUAUGGCCGUGCUCUUCAUGCUGCUGUUUUACCAGUACUGCCACCCCUGCCGGAGCCUCUUCCACCACAACGUGGCAGACUGCCUGGCCUGCGUCUGCUGCCGGCGGGACCGGGAGGUGCAGCCCAGGUCGGUGAGCCUGCAGGCCCGACGGCUGCCCGACCUCACCAGCCAGCUGGGCGAGCGUGAGACCGCCAUAACAGACGACAUUAUGGACGCGGCCUGAGACGUGACUUCCAAACGAAUGUGCCUUUGCCGUCGGCUAGGAGACCUGUUGGCGAUCUGCCCUGGACCGUUCACCACGAGGUUCAGGAUGUGGAGCUCAUGACUGAGCCGCCAGCUCAACAUUGCAACACGGAGCCUUGGAACAAUUGGUAAUCCCCUCAGAUGACAAAGCUCAUGGGAGUUUUACUUGCACGAGAAUAUUCUCAGGGCAGAACAAAAAUUUAUUAAUUCAGGGAGAUAACCAAUCAGACUGUAGAGGACGUGGGUCAAUGCAACUACAGGAGGCGGGACCAACCAAUCAGAUGUCUUGGUCAUCUUGUUUCUUGGGCCCACCUCCUCUAUAAUCUGAUUGGUUAUCUUUCUGAACCAAUCAUUUUGGUUCUGCUCUGAGAACAUUUUUGAGUAAGAAAAACUCCCUCUAACGACGACGAAGCUGGGGUUCUGUUCGGGUUACUUGGUGCACCAUUUUCCACCGUCCGUUUUAAUUUUAGGUGAGAGAGAAGAUGCUGUGAAAGUGUGUCCAAAUGUUAAUAUAAUAUAUAUGAGGUCUGUUUGUUGUGCAAAAUGUUCUUUAGGGAACCUAUUUUAGUCAGUAGUGUUAAAACAUGUGUAAGAAUGUAUUCAGGAUUAUUUAAAAUGUUACACAAGUGUCAUGGUAAGAAUACGUGCAUUGUGACUCUCCUGGCCGGUGUAGGCUGUAAGCUGGGUGUAUUCAGGUCAGAUACAGCCAGGUAUGGCUGCCUUCUUACUAUACUCCUGGUUUAUAUAUAUUUAUAUAUGAACAAGCUGAUACUCAGGGCCAAUCUGAGACUUUCUGUUGAGCUGCUCCCAUUGCUGUUCACCUGCACUUUAAAGCCCCCUGUCUCUAUAGAUACCAAGCAGGCACAUCGGGACUUGCACCCCGCUGCCUGCAGAUCUUGUAUGCAAUGAAAGUAUCAGACGCGCAAAGAGAAUCCACGCGAACAAGUGACUGCUGUUUACACACGUCGGCGAUCUGCGAUGCCCCUGCCUUAAUUCACGGCGGUAAGAUUACGGGAAUAACCGGAACUGAAACGGCAAUACUGGUGUGUUCGAGAGGAGAUGGGGGAUCCCUGAAGUGCCUCCAGUCUUGGAUCACCCACACUAGUGUUUGUGUGUGUUUUUUUAUUAUUAUUUUAUUUUUGGUGGUGGUGUUUUGGUUUACCCAGAAGUGCCUGUUUGCCUUUGUGUUAUAAAUAUGUGCCUGUUUAAAUAAACUAUUCCCUUUGCGAA